AAUUCAAAAAAGGUUGUUGAGAGAAAAUACACGACAACUAUUUGUCGGAUUUAUUUAAAAAAACAUUUCUGAGAUAUAUAUUAUCGAUCGAUACGAUGAAAAACGUCGUUUUUUUCUCCCUCUAACUGCUUAACACAAAUUUGGAAUACUCACCCACAUACGAGGAUAUAUUGUUGAAGAUAGUCGUUUACUAACACUAUGCAUGUCAUUGCAUUAUUUACGUCAUUACAUUCUUUACAUACUGUCAUUCUCACAUUUACAUUUAUAAGUAUUAGUUAUUACUUUGUUCUUUAAUUCUUCAUGUAAUAUAACAUUUUCUUCUGGAUUAAAACCUCGUGGAGUGAACAUCAACUUUUAGUUUGUCUCUAAAUAUAUACUUAAUUAUCUCUGCAAUCCUAUCAGGUUAUGGGCCCAGGAUCGCAAAUUUGUUUAAAUUUUGAGAGUUUAUAAGACUAAUGAGUGAUAUUGAGAAUUCAAAAGCGUUUUUGCCAAAAAUUGAAAUCAGUAAAGCUAGCAGGUGCUUUGAUACGGCUGAAGUAAUGUCUACGAUUACUUCGUCAACAUCUUCUCGGAUCGAGUUGCUUUCCAAGGACAAUUUCGACACUUGGAGCAUGCAAGUGGAAGCAUUGCUGACUAAAAAUGAUUUGUGGGAGUAUGUAAAUGGUUCUAAUUUGAUACCGGCAGAGACUGACACUGCAGCAAGAAGCGCUUGGUUGAAAGCUGACAAGAAAGCUAAAGCAAAUUUGGUUUUGUCAAUUCAGCCAUCCGAACUAAAGCAAGUCAGGGGUUGUGAGACUUCGCGGGAAGUGUCGAUUUAUGCGUCAAAAGGACCGGCACGUAAAGCAACAUUAUUGAAGCAGUUGAUGUUGCAAAAGUUAGAUGAAAGCGAUGACGUGAAAGAGCACAUGGCGAAAUUUUUCGAUGCGGUAGAUAAGUUGGAGAGCAUGAAUGUGCAGAUAAACGGUGAUCUGUUAUGUAUCAUGCUAUUGUAUAGUUUACCGUCUACUUAUGAAAACUUUCGGUGCGCAAUAGAAUCACGCGAUGCGCUUCCAUCAGCUGAGGUACUGAAAAUAAAAAUAAUAGAGGAGAGCGAAGCACGUAAGCAAUCGGCUAGUAAUACAGUAAUGGCUAUGGCCGCGAAAUCACAUGUGCAAGAUAAGCUGAGUAGGAAAAAGUUCAUAAAGAAUAAAAGAGAAUUCCGAUGCUUUAAGCGCGGCGCAUUAGGGCACAAGGCGAGCUCUUGUUCUGUUAGGAGUAAUAAUGGUGUUCACGGAAGAGAUUCCAAUAAUUCCAAACAUUUGGCAUAUUGUGUUGAUGAAACGUAUGCAGCAUAUCAUUCUGCAAUAGAAGAAAAAUUUCUUGGGGAUAUGCGUGAAAGACGAGCUUGGGUAUUGAAUAGUGGGUGUACUGCUCAUUUGUGUAGUGACGAGUGCAUGUUUAAGACCGUGGAAAAAUCAUCCAAAGUUAAGUUGAAUUUGGCAAGUCAACAGGCGUGUGCAGAUGUACGAGGUGAAGGUGUGGUAAAUUUGUCAGUGACAGGCGCAGAUGGCCAGCGAGUAGUUGAGUUACAAAAUACGUUGUUGGUUCCGGAACUGCGCACAAAUUUAGUUUCGGUGGCAAAAAUUACUAACAAGGGACAUAAAGUGACAUUUACCAAAGAUGGAGCGUUUGUAUUCAACGCAAGUGAUGAAAUUACCUUGAUUGCUGAUGGCAUGGGUGAUUUAUAUUACGUCAGACAAAGCAGCGAGUGUGCUUCUAUUCAGGCGAAGUGCUCCGAACUGUUGAAGUGGCAUUAUCGUCUGGGUCAUCUUAACGGGGCUGAUUUAUGAAAAUUGGUAAGAGAUGUCAUAGUUGCUGUCUCUGAUAUUGACGAGGUGAAGCAACUGAUACAGUGCGAAGUGUGUAUAUUAGGCAAAAUGUCUGCGUUACCGUUCAAUAGAGGCAAAGUGCCUUGUUCAGAAACAAUGAGAAUUAUACAUUCUGAUGUUGUGGGACCGUUCAGAGAAGAAUCCAUUGGACGAGCUCGAUAUUUUGUCACCUUUAUAGAUGAUUCUAACGGGUGAUUUUUUUGAGGUUAGGAUUUUCAUGCAUUAGUAUUUGACAGAUCACGUGGGAUUUCAGACAUGGUGUCAAAGAGAAAGAUGCUCAGUAUGCUUUGACAUUUCAUCAUGAAUAGACUUACU